CCGAAUCGCCCACAGGUAAUGCCCCUCUCUGGGCAGGAGCCGCCCGAGGCCAGCGGGUGAGCACCAUGUUUGGGUGUGAAUGACUGCCGUGCACCUCCUGUGACGGGGUAAGCCCUCAGGUGAUGAACAUGUUCAGUGCGAGCCAGUCCUCCAAAGCCCAGUUCCUCGACAAAGCGCGCCAGGCCCGGGAGGAGCGGCGGGAGCUGAAGGAGCGGGAGCGUGCUGCGGUGCUGCUGCAGGCUCUGGUCAGGAGGUUCCUCUGCCGAUGCCGCCUGCAGAGGGAGAUAAGGAGAGAAGUGGAGGAUUUCUUUGGGACAAAUGAAUCUGGCUCGAGCAAAAGGAGUGCUCUUUCCGUCUUCAGAAUUGCUAGGAAACUGCUGUUCGUAUUUAAUCACAAAGAGGACAAAGAGAGAUUUGAGAAGCUGUGUCGUUGUAUUCUUAACAGUAUGGAUGCUGAGAAUGAGCCCAAGGUGUGGUAUGUGUCCCUGGCGCUCUCCAAGGAUCUUACACUCCUGUGGAUCAAACAGAUCAAAGACAUUUUGUGGUUUUGCUGUGAAUUUCUCAAGCAGCUUAAGCCUGACAUCCUACAAGACUCCAGACUGGUCAAUUUGCACCUCACAAUGCUUGUCACCUUCACAGACACUUCCACAUGGAAAAUCCUUCGGGGAAAAGGUGAAACCCUGAGGCCUGCCAUGAACCACAUUUGUGCAAACAUCAUGGGACAUCUGAAUCAGAAGGGAUUUUACUCCGUGCUGCAGAUUUUGCUGACUAAUGGCUUGGCAAGAUCCAGACCUUCCCUGUCCAAAGGCUCUUUAACUGCUGUCUUCUCUCUUGCACUGCGCCCUGUGGUCGCUGCACAGUUUUCAGACAACCUGCUGAGGUCAUUUCUGAUCCAUAUCAUGUCUGUGCCUGCUAUAAUGACUCAUCUUGCUACUCUAACACCUGAGCGUCUGGUGGUGAUAGAAUCCCAUGAGCUUUUCCGCAAAUUCAUCCUCUUUUUGAGUCGGGAAGCACAAUGCCAGGAUGUCUGCGUGUGCUUAGAGGGGAGUCACACUCUCUGUUUGUUAGGGAAUCUUGUGUUCCUGGGCUCCUUGAAUGAUAAAGUUCUUGAGGAGGAGACAGCUCACUUUGUGGGUGUGCUCAUUCACAUGCUCUCCUACUGCCAGAAGUACGUGUCACAAAAGAAAUCCAACCUCACCCACUGGCAUCCUGUUCUGGGCUGGUUUUCACAGACUGUGGAUUAUGGAUUGAAUGAGUCCAUGCCUCUGCUGACAAAGCAACUGCAGCAUCUCUGGGGAGUCCAUAUGAUCCGCAUCCUCUUCUGUGAUGUGCUCAGCAAGAAAUUGCUGGAGAAUCAGGAAAUAGCUCAGCUGCCAUUACAGCCCAUUUCCCCUCAGAACAGCCUUCCUAUGAAGAAUCUGUUCAAAAGAGCUUUCCAGAAGUCAGCCUCUGUCCGCAACAUCCUCAAGCCUGUUGGAGGCAAGCGAGUGGACUCGGCUGAGGUGCAGAAGGUGUGCAGCAUCUGUGUGCUGUACCAGACCACGCUCACAACGCUGACACAGAUCCGCCUGCAGAUCCUCACAGGCCUCACCUACCUGGAUGAUCUGUUGCCCAAAUUAUGGGCCUUUAUCUGUGAGCUGGGCCCUCAGGGUGGGUUAAAGCUCUUCUUGGAGUGCUUGAAUAACGACACGGAGGAAUCCAAGAGGCUGCUGGCCAUGUUGAUGCUCUUCUGUGACUGCUCCCGCCACCUCAUCACGAUUCUGGAUGACAUAGAGGUCUAUGAAGAGCAGAUUUCGUUCAAACUGGAAGAGCUUGUUACCAUCUCAUCUUUCCUGAAUUCCUUUGUAUUUAAGAUGAUCUGGGAUGGAAUUGUAGAGAAUGCCAGAGGGGAGACCUUGGAGCUGUUUCACUCUGUCCAUGGCUGGCUCAUGGUCCUGUAUGAAAGGGACUGCCGCAGGCGAUUUGCUCCUGAGGAUCACUGGUUACGCAAGGACCUCAAACCCAGUGUGCUCUUCCAGGAGCUGGACAAGGACAAGAAACGAGCUCAGCUGCUCCUGCAGUACAUCCCACAUGUCAUCCCCCACAAGAACAGGGUUCUGCUUUUCCGUAACAUGGUGACAAAGGAGAAGGAGAAGCUUGGCCUGGUUGAAACCAGCUCUGCAUCCCCUCACGUCACACACAUCACUAUCCGCCGCUCACGUAUGCUGGAGGAUGGAUACGAACAGCUACGGCAGCUCUCCCAGAAUGCCAUGAAGGGAGUGAUCAGGGUGAAGUUUGUGAAUGACCUGGGAGUCGAUGAGGCUGGGAUUGACCAAGAUGGGGUCUUCAAAGAGUUUCUGGAAGAGAUCAUAAAAAAAGUGUUUGACCCUGCACUCAAUCUGUUCAAGACAACCAGUGGUGAUGAGAGGCUGUAUCCAUCCCCAACAUCCUACAUCCACGAGAACUACCUACAGCUCUUUGAGUUUGUGGGGAAGAUGCUUGGGAAGGCUGUGUAUGAGGGAAUAGUUGUGGAUGUACCAUUUGCUUCCUUCUUCCUGAGCCAGCUCCUUGGGCACCACCACAGUGUCUUCUACAGCUCCGUGGAUGAACUUCCCUCCCUGGACUCUGAGUUCUAUAAGAAUCUCACUUCAAUUAAGCGUUACGAUGGUGAUAUCAGUGACCUGGGCUUAACGCUGUCCUAUGAUGAAGAUGUGAUGGGUCAGCUUGUUUGCCAUGAACUUGUUCCUGGAGGGAAGACCAUUCCCGUUACCAAUGAAAAUAAGAUCAGCUACAUCCAUCUCAUGGCUCACUUCCGGAUGCACACGCAGAUCAAGAGCCAGACAGCAGCACUCAUCAGUGGCUUCAGGUCCAUCAUUAAGCCUGAGUGGAUUCGUAUGUUCUCUGCACCCGAGUUGCAGCGGCUCAUCUCUGGUGACAACGCUGAGAUCGACCUCGAGGACUUAAAAAAACACACGGUGUACUAUGGGGGCUUCCAUGGGAGUCACCGAGUCAUCAUCUGGCUGUGGGACAUCCUGGGCAAUGACUUCAGCCCUGAGGAGAGAGCCAUGUUUCUCAAGUUUGUUACCAGCUGCUCCAGGCCUCCACUGCUGGGCUUUGCCUACCUCAAGCCUCCUUUUUCCAUCCGCUGCGUGGAGGUCUCUGAUGAUCAGGACACGGGUGACACGCUGGGCAGUGUGCUGCGGGGCUUCUUCACCAUCCGCAAGAAAGAGCCGGGCGGGCGCCUGCCGACCUCCUCCACGUGCUUCAACCUCCUCAAGCUUCCCAACUACAGCAAGAAGAGCAUCCUGCGGGAGAAGCUGCGCUACGCCAUCAGCAUGAACACUGGCUUCGAGCUGUCCUAGUUGCCAUGGCCCUGGACUCCGCGAUGGGGGCUCUCAGAGCUGCUGACUGCUGCUGGAGGUGGAGGCCUUCCCGCACAGAGGCUGGAUGAGCUCCGUGGGAGCUGGCUGCUCACUCGAGGGCUGGAGAGAUGCAGCUGAUAAUAGAGGUUUACAGGGAAGAGCUGCUGGGCUAGACAGGGCUGGCUCUUUGUUGGGCACUGCUCCAGGAGGAGGGAGGUGAUGGGCCCGACCCAAUACACUUCACUUGACACCCACGUAAAUCGUCUUUAAAAGCAAACCCCGGGGGAGCAUAAAAGGAACAGUCCAAGUGCCAGUCAGAUUAGUGACCGUGAUGCCCCCCGGCAGCCCGUGGGGCCUGGGCAGCUGCUGCUGUGGGAGUGUUUCUUUUCCCUUUCCCAGGACGUGGUCCAGUUUCUUACUGGGUGAAGUCAGCCUGGGGGAGGCUGCACAAAGGCAGAAACAUGACAGAGCCCACAGGGAGAGGAGGCGGCGGCGCUGGAUGUGCCACUGUUUUACUCAGGACAGGUACUGGCCGGGGGCUUCCUCGUGCCCUUGCUCUGUGCAAGGCCCUUGUGUGUGUCUCAGAG